CCCGCUCGGCGCCGCGCCAUGGCCCAGCAGCAGGUGAGCAGCUCGCAGAAGGCGCUAAUGCUGGAGCUGAAGUCGCUGCAGGAGGAGCCGGUGGAGGGCUUCCGCAUCACCCUGGUGGACGAGUCCGACCUCUACAACUGGGAGGUGGCGAUCUUCGGGCCCCCCAACACCCUCUACGAGGGCGGCUACUUCAAGGCUCACAUUAAAUUUCCUAUCGACUAUCCAUAUUCACCGCCUACCUUCAGAUUCCUGACCAAAAUGUGGCACCCCAACAUUUAUGAGAAUGGAGACGUAUGUAUUUCAAUUCUUCACCCACCAGUAGAUGACCCACAAAGUGGAGAACUGCCAUCCGAAAGGUGGAACCCCACCCAGAAUGUCAGGACUAUCCUACUGAGUGUAAUCUCCUUGCUUAAUGAGCCCAACACCUUCUCUCCGGCCAACGUGGAUGCAUCAGUCAUGUUCAGGAAAUGGAGGGACAGUAAAGGAAAAGACAAAGAGUAUGCUGAAAUCAUUAGGAAACAGGUUUUGGCUACCAAGGCUGAGGCGGAAAAGGAUGGCGUGAAGGUCCCCACUACGCUGGCAGAGUACUGCAUCAAAACUAAAGUGCCUUCCAAUGACAACAGUUCAGAUUUGCUUUAUGACGACUUGUACGAUGACGACAUUGAUGAUGAAGACGAGGAGGAGGAAGAUGCCGAGUGUUACGAUGAUGAUGAUUCUGGCAACGAAGAGUCGUGACCUGCUCCCUACAUGCCCCUGUACUGCCCUGCCGACUCAGGCCAAAAGGGAGCAGUGGUAACCUAGCAACAGUCCAGCAAAAAAUACACGGGGGAAAUCAACAACAAACUCUUGUCUCCUGCUGUACGGAUCUCUGUUUGCUCUUUUUUAUGGACCUCUUAGAGAGAGAGAGAGACCCUUCACAGAAUGUCUGAAUUCUUGCAUUCUUAACCCUUUCAUCACUGUAUUAUGAUUUCUUUUUUAAGAAAGAAACUCCCCCUCUCACUUCUCUACGAAACGUUCACAGUGAAACAGGUUUGGUCUGUGUUUAAAUACUUUAAUUAAACGCAGUCUUGCAUCGAGAUGUUUAAUGUAUUUAAAGCUGGAACGAACCCAUUGAAGUUGGGUCCUUGGGAGUUCACAAGUGCUGCAUUUACUGGGAAGAAAAAACAAACAAAACCACACAAAAAAGCAAAUUGCCAAGGUUUAGCUGCUCCAUUUACAAUAAUAGCGUGUGCACAUUCGUGUAGCUUUGUGGUGGUGGUGGUUUUUUUUCCUUUUUUCAAGGCUUGGGGCAGAGAGUGUAAGCUACUGUGUGUUGAGCUUGAUGGAAUGUUCUACUGAAAGGUACAGUAUUCUUUUUCAGCCUGUUUUAGUUAGGAAGUAGACAGCCCCUGGAGCCUUGUGCCCAGAGGGCAGAAUCAGCUGCCUUUUUACCAAGUGUAUGAUAUGAACCCUAAAAUAAACACUUAACACUUCACAUCUGUACAACUGAGCCCUGGGUUGCUAUUUAUUUUUCAGACUGGUUGGGGUUUAGAAAUCACUAUGCCGUUUGUUAGAAUGCUGCUGAGAUCUGCUGCUGGCUCCCCUUGUUGGGAGGGAAUCGUGAAACUUAAAUCCUCUCCUCCUUCAGAAUGCAAAGUUGGCCACCUUAAAAGUGGUGGCAGGUUCAGUCAGCCAGUAUUAGUCCUAGGAGCAUGUGUUCAGUGUCUAGAAUCUGCCGUUUUCAAUAAGCUACUACACCUCUGGAGAGUCUAGUCUGUGCGUUAGUCGUAGAUGCCAGUUGCUGUUCUCUGCACCCCAAAUGCCUACUAUUGACUUAGCAUCUACCUUUGUUUAUUUAAAUGGGUAAGACUAGUUGUGAGUUGGCAAAUGAUGGGGCCCACCAAGACUUGCUGCUGUAGAUUGUGGGCCUUGAGGCAGAAUCCAAAAUUCCCUUGCGCAACAAUGCACUCAAAAGAACUAGAAAUACCAGUCUGGCCUUCCCUAUGCUUAUCAGUGGACAGACUUUCUGAAUUGACCGUCAAACCAAGACUGUCCUCAUUACUGGAGAGGGAAAGGGGAUCCUGGUGACACAGCUUUGUUGUGGUCACAUAGCUCUCAAAUACUAAUGCCAGCUUGUUCAUGGCUGAGGAGGUGUGUCAAAAAGGUGCAUGGACCCAGAUGGCUGAAGGGAGCUCUGCAAACCAGGAUUAGAAAUAGCUGCUGCUAGGCUUUCAGCCUGUUAACUGGGUGGUGUGCAAAAUUCAGGCAGUUCAGCAACUCCAGAAUCUCUUGCAUGUGCUGGGGAGCUUUUGGCGGAAGAUCCGACCUACCAGCCUCAAACUUUUUGAGCAGAAUUUGAUUGCUUAACCUGGUUGACAUCACAAAUCCAUUAUAAAGCACUGUUGUGAUUUGGCUGCGGUGUGGCACCCUGAGUUGGCCUUUGGGACAACUUUUUGCCCACUGAUUAGGACAGCAUUUCAAGUAUACUGAGCCUCUCAUCGCUUCAAGAACCUACUCUAGUGGUGUGGAGUGACUCAUGGUGCUGUUCUGGCUUCAGUGGGAGGUUUGUCUGUGUGGGGGGAGUAAGGACUGUUGUCAGGCCCUUACAGGCUCCUUUAAUGACACUUUGGUUGCCCCCUUGUCCUCACGGUUUCCAGUGGCAUGUCACCACCUUUCACUAACCCUGCCUCCUCAAAGUUGAUUGGCUGGGGAAGCCUUCUAACUUGUUAAUAAAGUGAAAGCUGGGAGUGCUGGAUCUGUGAGCACAAGGGCUGUGACUUCCUGGUAUCAGAAUAGCGGAUGUGUCCCCUGAGCUGGGAGCUGAUUUUUUUUUUUUUUUUUAAAUAAAAAGAUCCUGAAGUAAGGUGCCAGCUGUUUGGAGUUGAAAGCAGUCCAGCCUCUUCUACAAGGAAAGAGCAGGAAAAUUAUGCCAGGGACUGGAAACGCAGGGUUCACUUCCAGCGGUUUUUAAAAUGUUGGUUAAAGCCUUUUUUGAUGAUAGAAACAAGAGGAAAACGUGGCUGUUCCUUUCUGAAGGCUCCACUGUGUGAUCCUAUCAAGACAUUCCAGGACAUGGUAUAUGAGACAUUAGCACCAGCUUGCUGGUGGGGAAACCCCCUCCCUGUGCCCCAUGGCAUGACCAGAAAAAGCACCCUGUUUUGCCUUAUUGAUUAAAGGCAGCCUCCUACAUAAACUUGCAUCCCUCCACCCAUGUCCUCACACCAGAUACAAGGACCUCAGUCUGCCUGCCUGCCUGGCAUUCCCUUGGGCGCUAGUCAGUACCUCUCCUUAAGCAGUCAGAUUGUUACUACUGAGUCACAUGAGGCUUUGCCCACCAUCCUCUCCAGGAAUGAGGGACCUUUUCCCCGCAGCAGUUUUGGAGUGAGCAAAUGCGGUUCCUGCAUGAGGCGUGUAGUGCAGUUACCACUAAUGCAAACAGUUUCAGCCAGAAACGUAUACUUCCAGAUUGAGCACCUGCAGUGUACUAGCUUCUUAAAAACCAAUAGGAAUGUAUACAGUGCAAUUAGAUUGCAAGAACCAAGCGCAUAUCCCUUGAACUCAUUCAUGGGAAUAGUUCUUAGGAGAAUAACUAUUCCCUCUGAGGCAGUCAGUGCUUUCUAGGGAAACCAACCUCACUUUUUUUUGGGGGGGGGGGGGUGAAGGGGAUGGGUGUGACUUAAGAUAGGGAAGCAAACAACCCAAUCGAUGCAACACCAUUUGUGCUGAUGACUUGGUUUGAAAUGAGGAUACUGCAUCUUUCAGGAUCUUUCCCUUGUACUUUGACCGUCUUCACUGUAUACUCUCCAGUGAUUUGUAUUCUCAAGCUUGGUGUUGUAAGAUGCGUUAUCAUGAUUCUUCUGUUGCCCUUUAUUUUAUUUUUAUUUUUUAAAAAACCUGUUCCAAGAGCUCCUACAUUAGCCAGAUUAACUUCUCUCCCCCUCCGUCCCCUGCAGUGUCAUUGCUUGUUGACUUGCUGGUUUCCUUUUCAAGAUACAAACAACCGAAGUAUGACUAUGAAACUAUUUAAGAGAUUAUGAGGAAAAAUGUUUACCUGACCUGUGUAUUCUUUUCUUACCCCCCCCCCCCCCCCCCCGUCUCCUGUCCCAACCAAUGUUGACGUUUACAUUUAUAAUUCAAGUGCAGUUUUCAACCAUUCUGAGACCAGCAGGGUGCACUAGAUUUUCUUAGUAGUUUUCUUAGCUGAAAAUCCUGGAUGUUUCCUUUAUUUUUUUUUUCCCCCUUCAAUAUAAUUUACCAGAAAGGAUUAACUGAUGCAUUUUGUGUUGUCUUCCCCUUCAAUAGUUUAUUUUGUCUUUUCUGCACAUCUGUCUACUAAUAAAAUGUGAAAUAAAAAUAUCCCUGUAUUG